CGAAAAAGGAGGUAUGAGGGGUCUUGGUUGUCUUCAAUGCCGUUAGGUACUUUGAGAAUGAAAUCCUCAAGCACCCCCAACACAAACGCCACAACCUCAUGACCUUCUUCCACCGCCCAAAAUGUUAAAGCCCCAUUGUUUCCUCAAAAACCCAUCUCCCAUUCACCUCCAAACCCUUCUCUCUCAAUUGGGUUUCCACUACUUUUCCUCAAAACCCAUCAGCAAUGGCUCUUCCGAACCCCCAAACUUGGUCUCCCAAAUCUGCCACAUCCUCUCUGAUCCCCAGUGGGAAAAAAACCCACACCUCAAAACCUUAGCCCCUAAACUCAAACCCCGCCACGUCUCCAAAAUCCUCCAAAUCCACAACAACACGCACUCCGCUUUGCGUUUCUUCUAUUGGUUCUCUCAGAGGCAUUUUCACAAACGGGACACGUGCUGUUUCGUGUCCAUGCUCGAUAGACUGUUGCGCGAGCGCAAAUUUGAGCAUGUGGACCACGUGAGGAUACAAAUGAUCAAAGCCUGUCGAAAUGAGGACGAGCUCAACAGGGCUAUGUCGUAUUUGAAUGAGAUAAGUGAAAAUGGUUUUGGGUUUACUUUGUAUAGCUUUAACACGCUUUUAAUUCAAUUGGGCAAGUUUGAUAUGAUUGGUUUAGCACAAGAUGUUUAUACUAAAAUGUUGAAUAGUGGGAUUACACCAAGUUUGAUUACAUUCAAUACUAUGAUUAAUAUUUUGUGUAAGAAGGGUAAGGUUCAAGAGGCAGAGUUGGUUUUGAGUAAGAUUUUUCAGUUUGAUAUGUGCCCGGAUGUUUUCACGUAUACGUCUUUCAUUCUUGGGCAUUGUAGAAAUGGUAACUUAAAGGCAGCAUUUGAGGUUUUCGAUAGGAUGGUGAAGGAGGGGUGUGACCCGAAUUCUGUUACGUAUUCAACGCUUAUUAAUGGGCUAUGUAAUGAUGGGAGGAUAGACGAGGCGUUGGACAUGAUUGAAGGAAUGAUUGAGGAAGGGAUUGAGCCAACUGUGUAUACUUAUACGGUACCAAUUACUUCAUUAUGUGAGGCUGGGCGUGUGGAUGAGGCAAUUCAACUUGUGGGGAGCAUGAGGAAGAGGGGUUGUGAUCCGAAUGUUCAGACAUUUACAGCAUUGAUCAGUGGGUUGUCUCGAGCUGGGAAGCUUGAGAUUGCAAUUGGGCUAUACCAUAAGAUGUUGAAAAAUGGUUUGGUUCCAAAUAAAGUAGCAUUUAAUUCUUUGAUAAAUGAAUUGUGUGCUGGAGUAAGAUUUGGUGUUGCUUUGAUGAUUUUUGAGUGGAUGGAAGGUCAUUAUAUGACGCCAAAUGCCCUAACUUACAAUGUAAUUAUAAAGGGAUUUUGCUUGAUGGGUGAUGUUGAGAAGGCAAUGGUUCUUUUCAACAAAAUGCUUAAAGCUGGUCCCUCUCCAACUGUGGUUACAUAUAACACACUCAUCAAUCAGUACCUUAAAUUGGGAAACCUGAACAAUGCUAUGAGAUUAAUGGAUUUGAUGAAGGCGAAUGGAUGUGAACCAGACGAGUGGACUUAUAGCGAACUUAUUUCAGGGUUCUGCAAGGGUGGCAAGCUGGAUUCUGCAUGUACUCUUUUCCAUGAAAUGGUGGAACGGGGUAUUAGUCCAAAUCAGGUCAGUUACACUGCUAUGAUUGAUGGAUACUGUAAAGAGGGCAAGUUAGACAUUGCCCUAUCAUUAUUUGAGAAGAUGGGGGGAAGUAGUUGCAGUUCAAGUAUAGAACCCUACAAUGCCAUUAUAAAUGGGUUAUCCAAACUUAAUCACUUCUCUGAGGCUGAGAAGUUAUGUAAGAAGGUGGUAGAGCAAGGAUUGCUACCAAAUGUCAUUACCUACACAUCUUUGAUCGAUGGGCUCUGUAGAAACGGUGGGACUGAUCUUGCAUUCAAGAUCUUCCAUGAAAUGGAAAAAAGGAAUUGCUCACCUAAUUUGUACACAUAUAGUUCACUCAUUUAUGGGUUAUGUCUAGAGGGAAAAGCUGAUGAUGCAGAGAGGUUACUUGAAGAAAUGGAGAGGAAAGGAUUAGUUCCUGAUGUGGUAACCUUUACUGCACUUAUUGAUGGUUUUGUUAUGCUUGGUAGACUAGAUCAUGCGUUCUUACUUCUUCGGAAAAUGGUUAAUGCGAGUUGCAAACCCAAUUACCGAACUUACAGUGUCAUGUUGAAAGGUUUGCAAAAGGAAUGUCAGUUGCUCACAGAAAAGGUUGUUGCCCAACAUGAAGCAGUGUACAGUUGCAGCUCACAUGAGAGAUAUACCAACUUUGAAAUAUUAUGUAGUCUCUUAACUAGAAUGUCAGAGAAUGGAUGCGAACCUACUGUAGAUACAUACAGUACUCUAGUGAGAGGAUUGUGUAGAGAAGGCAGACCAUGGGAAGCAGAUCAAUUGGUGGAGAAUAUGAAGGAGAGAGGUUUAUCUCCUAAUCAAGAAAUUAAUGACUCUCUAUUAGUUGCUCAUUGCAAGAACUUAGAAGUGGACCAUGCUCUGAAAAUAUUCAACUCGAUGACAAUUGGAGGCUUUAUGCCCCGCUUACCAAUCUACAAAGCACUUAUUUGUGCUCUCUGCAGGGUAAGUCGGGUGGAAGAAGCUCAAACAUUUUUUGAGAGCAUGCUUGAGAAAGAAUGGAAUAAAGAUGAGAUUGUUUGGACAGUAUUGGUUGAUGGGUUAUUGAAGGAAGGGCAGUCAGAUCCAUGCAUGAAGCUUCUUCAUGUUAUGGAAUCUAGAAAUUACAUUCUCAAUUUCCAGACAUAUUUAAUCUUGUCUAGAGAAUUGUCAAAAUUAGACAAAUCCAUAGAUACACAUCAAAUUGCUGACAAAUUGAGAGUUUUAAGGGACAUACAUUGAGUUGAGAUUCCUUUUAUAAAAUAUCAAGAUAUAAAGAUGCAGUGGACUCUCCAGAAAGACUUAUGAGUGACUUUCAAAUGGAAUCCAGUAAUCCACUGCCAUAGAUUACAUUCUUUUUCCACCUGGGAGGUGUAGAUUAAUUUUUGAGCCAGUCCCUUUACCACUCCAUCAUACAGUAGGUAAGCUGAAGGAUCAAGUGCUGCUCCUUGGAUGUUGUGAAUACACAGCUCACCACUUUUCCUAAUAAAUUAUAACUACAUGUAAGGUUUGCCAAAAUGACAACUGGAUUUGGUUCAGCUUUUAGUUUGGCAUGGUUAUUUACUCUUUGGUCUGGCUUUUAAAGACGUGUGCUUUUGAAAGGGGGCUUCAAAUGUUUUGGAGAAAAUAAACUUGGUAGUGGAAGCAGUAGGGAUUUAAAGAGGUGGAACCACUUUGUUUUCUUGGCAUGCUGGAUAAUUGGAGCUGGGUUUGUUGAAUAGGAACUGAGUUUCUUGGAAUUCCUCCUCUUACUUGUGUAUGCUGAGCCAAAGCAUUGGUCUUGAUGAGUUUGGUGAAGAAUUUGUUGAGUUUUCAACUAUUUGUUACUCUCUUUUGGAACUUUCUCUAGGAGGCUUGAUUUUGAUAACUUGUUCUGCUGGAGCUGGGGGUUUUCUCAAGCUUUCAAGGCUCUUUAUGAAGAUAAAUAGGUGGUUUUUGGUUAGGAUGUCUCUAAAUUGCAAGCUUUCUGGCUUUAAUGGUAGAUUAUCAACCUGUUCCAAGUUGAAGGAGGCAAAUGAACCUUUACAUGGGCCUAUUUCUGUUACAAAAUGGAGAAGAAAGCUUCUGUUUUUCUGUCUUUUAUAGUUUUUGUUGCUCUAGGAAGCAUUGGGCUUCUCUUAAGUUUUAAUCAUGGAACUUUAUGGGGGAAGGAUAAGGCUCCAAACUCUUGUAAAGAAAUAGCUCAAAUCUUGCUACAACAUUUUCAAUAUUAGCAAGUACCAGCUUCAUGCUUUAACUUCCUCAUUAUCUGAAUCAGAUCAGAUGACAUCCCUUCAGUGUACCGAAGAAUUAGGAUCCAAAAUGUAGUUAAGUGCUAGCAUUGCCUGUACUCUGCGUGUGACAUGUUCAUAGAUGCAGGAGUAUCACAAGCAACAUACAUGGGUUGUAUACAAUGAUGAACCAAGGGACUGGGCAAAGACAUGUUCAGAGAUGCAGGAGUUUCACAAGCAGCAUACAUGGGUUGUAUACAAUGAUGAACCAAGGGCCAAUGCCCAGUUUGAGAUGAGAACAUCUCCAGGAUGCUUAGCCUGUCAAUUGUUGAUGACAACCAUGUACCAUUUUUGUCUUGCGAUCUAAAGUUCCAUCAAUUCCGGCUAAUCAUCAGAUUUGUGAAAAGGUUAUGAAUUUUCAUGCAUGAACCAAGGGACUACAGGUGGGGUUGGGGGGAGAGAUAGUUUAGGGGUAGGUUUGGUUUAGAGCCCCAUUCAUACAUCAUGAGACAUUGAGAUGUUUCAACCUCUAAUCUGAGUUAUGAGCUA